GGCGGCUCGGGGAAGAUGGCGGAGGCGCGGCGGGGCCGGGGGCUCCCGGAGCCGGGGCUGCUCCUGGUGCUGGCGCUGCUGGGGCCGGGGCGGCCGCUGCCCGGGGCCGCGGGGAGCCUGAACCUGCAGGAGCUCAACGAGCUGAAGUACGGGAUCGAGAUCGCCGCCGAGCCCGUGCUGGCCGGGCAGAGCAAGUCAGAGGACGUGGUGAUCGUUUCGUCCAAGUACAAGCAGACGUACGAGUGCCGUCUGCCCUCCGCCGCCGUGAGGAUCCACCAGGACGCUGCGGAGCCGCCGCAGAGUUACCACGGGCUGGGCAUCUCGGAUCUGCUGAGGCCGAUGGAGGCUGCUCCCUGCCUUGUAAAGACCAAGGACUGGUGGACGUAUGAGUUCUGCUAUGGGAAACACAUCCAGCAAUACCACGUCGAAGAGUCUGAAAUUAAAGGAGACAUCCUCUACCUCGGGUAUUAUCAGUCGGCGUUCGACUGGGACAACGAGACGGCAAAGGCUUCGAAACAGCACAGGCUCAAACGGUACCACAGCCAGAUGUACGGCAACGGUUCCAAGUGUGACCUGAGCGGGCAGCCCAGGGAAGCUGAAGUCAGGUUCCUGUGUGAAGAGGGCUCUGGGGAUUACAUCGCCCGGGUGGACGAGCCGCAGUCCUGUUCCUAUGUCCUGACCAUUCACACCACCCGCAUCUGCCACCACCCCUUCCUGCGACCGCCCUCCACGGCCACCCCCCAGGCCAUCCGCUGCCACCCAGCCCUGAGCCCGGCUCAGUAUGUGGACUAUGUCCAAGCCCAAGUGUUCGACACCAAGCGCAAGGUGGAAGAGCUCUCCGAGGAGCUGAAGACCCUGGACACAAGGCUGUGGAACGAGCGUGAUCCCAACCCUGCCACCCAGCACCCGGAAGGUGUGGAGCCAGCCCACCCCCUCCACGAGGAGCAGGAAGCGGACGCCGCUCCCAGGGAAACCCCCAGAGCUGGCCCAGGGGAAGACACCGACUUCGGGGAUAGCACACUCAGGGCAGGCGACCUGCCGGACCACACCAAGGAGGACGAGUACGCUGUGAAGCCGGCAGAUGAUCACCAGGCUGAUUUCCAGCAAAAAAUCCACUUCAAAGUGAUCCGGAGCCCAGGGGAUCUAGUCCAGUUUAUCGAGGCACUGAAGGAAAGCACCAAGAAGGGGAAAGAGAAGGCAAGCGAGUUGGAGAAGAGCCAGGAGGCCCUGAGGACCGAGGAGGCUCCGGCAGCUGGGAGCGAGCGCCCGGAGGAGGACGAUGACGAGGAGGACGACGACCUGCUGGGGAAGUUUGAGGAGGAGCUGGAGGACAUCCUGCUGCCCAGCUCGGAGCAGGCCAAGCUGAAGGAGGAGGUGAAAAUGGAAAUGGAGAAGCAGUUCGACAACAUCAUUGACGAGGUGGAGGAUGAGCUGGAGACAGAGGGCCUGAAGGGCGAGUUUGAUCGGAACCACGCUUCCAAGUCACUGGCCUCCACCCUCAACAAGCUGAUGGACAAGCUGGAUGGCGGCAAAGCGCCCGAGAAAGGGGAGGAGGAGGAGGAAGAGGAGGGCGAGGGAGACUCAGCCAGGAGCAGCGCGAACCACUUGGAUAAGCAAGCAGCUGAGGCCGACUCGGACGGGCAUGUGAAGGUCAGGGUCACGAGGAUAAAGCCAGGCAGCCCCCUGCAGAAGGAGCUGAGGGUGAGAGAGAUGGGCAGUGAGAACCCGCAGCUGCGACACAUUGAGAAUGUGGUUAAGGACCUGCUGGAGAGAGAGGGCCUGAAAGCGGAAGGUAAAAUCGAGAUCAAAAUCGUGACGACGGGGGGCUUUGGGGAUGAGGACGAUACCCACUGGCUGUCGGAUGAGGACACCAAGAACCUCAAAGACAUUUUCUUCAAUAUCCUGGUGAAAAUCCAGGGCACGGAAGAAGCUCACAAGGAGCGGAGGCGGCAGCAGGAGCUGGAGGACAACUACCGCUUUGUGUGGGGGCAGCGGCCGGAGGAGGCACCGGCAGCCGGCGGCUCCGACUCGGAGGAGCUGGAUUUCUGAGCGGCCGCCAGACGAUUGCCUGCAGCACCCCCUCCCCCCGCCCCCCGAAUGUCCCAUUGGCUUGACUGGUCAGGGGACCAGACAGCAAGGGUGAAAAAUAGGGACGGGGGUUGGCAGGGUAAGAGAGGCCUACGUAAGACAGCCCCGAAUAUUGGGAUUGUCCCUUUAAAAUAGGGACAUCUGGUCACCCUAUCGACUAGUAACCAAGGCACCACGGCUCCUCUCCGGAGGAUGCCCAGCGGGGCCUGGCCCCCGUCAGCACUCAGGGGUGGGGGGCACUGAUCCCUCCUGUCCCGACAGGCCGGUGGGGGGGGCUCUGUCUGGGGUGGCUCCUGCUAGGAGGAUGGAGAGGGACUGACUGAUUUCCAUGGUAACGGCCGGCAGGAGCAUCCUCUUUGAUCCCUUCAAGAAAGGGUGGGCGUGGGCUGCAUCUGCACCCAUGUGAAGCGUCUAGCACAUGCUGGCGGGGUCCAUUUACCACCCCAUCGCCCCAUGAGAAUAAUGGUGAGUCCCCACCUGUGGGCACUCUGCCGGCCGUCCACUCCCUCAGCAGCAGGGCCCCAAACUGCAGGGGCUCUGGGGCCUGCACAUUUCAUAGAGCUGGACUCCCGGGGGAGCUGGGCCCGGCGGAGAGGCCAGGUGGCAGGGGCAGGCUGCUGGGUGCUGCGGGCAGGCUGGGCUGGGCGGGCAGGGGGUCUCCCCCACGUGUCCGCGGUGCCUGGGCAAAGGGAGGGUGGAGCUGGAGCCCCUGGCUUUUCGAGGGCCCUGCACAUGGAGAAAUACCUGCAGCUGCUGGCAGGUUUUGGCCUGGAGCUGGGGGCGGGGCCUGGUUAGCUCCUCCCACUCCACUGCUAAACCUGGCAGGAGUUGUGAUGCAGCUGGGCAGCAUGGCCUGCCACCUCCCCAGGGCCAGGGGUGGUGGCUCAGUUCGUUUGCAUCAGUCGUUCACCAGCAUGCUCUCCUUGCCCUGCUGGGCUCAGGGCACAGCUGGGGCCAUCAUUGCCAGGAGCCCAUGUUGUUUCCUGGAACUCCCCGGCUGGGUCGUUCGGGGGGACGUGAGCCCCCCAGCGUGGCCGUGCGCAGGAGCCAGGGGAGCAGAGGGUUAACGAAACCUCACUCUGGUUCUCUGUCUGCCCAUCCACCCUCUCUCCUAACGAGACAAUUCACUUUACUUCCCUCCGCUUGUGGGGUAAAGGUCUCCCCAGCACCUGCCCCCUCUUGGACGGGGUGGGGGGACCCUACUUCCCCAGGGAAAGGGGGGAAAACCAUCCAUGAUCCAAUUUGUAUCAAUAAACCAGGCUGGACUA